GCAAUCUAUGUUUGCCAAAAUAGAGAUCCAACGGGACCUUUCGGAAGAAGGUUCCUCUCCUCUUCUUUCUCGUUCUUCUUCUGAUUCGUCGUUCUUCUUUUAGUUUUCAGUUUUUAAUUUCAAAUAGAAAUGGCGGUUGCUUCUUCUAGAACCAAAUCCAGUGGAACAAUCUUUCACAGAUCGGUUUCACCGUCUGGUAGAUUUUGUUCUUCGUCGGCGCCAUCUUCGUCGUCCCCUUAUUUCGCGUCUUCGAGUUCUAGUUUUUCCUCUGGAUCUACUGGUUUCUUCCAUAGAUCAGCCUCUCCUACUCGGCUCGACCUCUAUGGAUCCGUUCCGUCUGCGCCGUCUGUUCGAUUUUCUAUAGAUCGACCAAUUUCUCCAAGCAGGGCGGCUGCGCCUUCUUCUCGUCGUGACCAUAUCGUGAAGAAGCAGAGUAAUCCUAUGUCUGGUCCAUCGUGUCCGAGGAGAACGUGUAUGUGUUCGCCGACGAAUCAUCCUGGUUCGUUUCGUUGCAGUCUCCACAAAGGAUUCAACAACCAUAGCCAUCAUCAUCAAUCCGGAUCGUUUCCAUCCAAUCGAUUGAAUGCUCGGAGAUCGGCAAUGACGAAUUCUCUGGUUCGGAUCGGGACUGUUGAAGGAGAAUGGGUUAAGAGAGCUUUAGCGACUUUGAUCCGACCUUCUUCUCAUCAUCAGAGGAGAAGAGCGUCAUUCCAUCCAAGGCCUAGCAGGCUUUCUAACAUGUCGAAAGCUGAGGAUUUAUGAUUAUUUAGCAGGUUCGUUGGUAAUGUUUCUUUGAAUCUCUUGUAUUACUAGCCACCAUCAGAAAGGUAUAUUUUUUUCUUCCUUUUGGUAUCUGAUUGAGAGAGCAAGAGGCGAGACGCUGGGCAUGGAGCAGCAGUCAGACUGAUACGAUCAUCACCGGAAGCCUUCAAUUUGUUGUACUCAAGAGAGGUCCGACCAACUUGUAUAUACCAAUUUGCCGCAAUUGAUGGCUAUUGAAGAGCAUGAUGAUCAGAGACCAAUUUCAUUCA